UGAGUGUUGCUAUGUCAAAGUUGACAAAACGUCAGUCGAUUUUGCAUUCGUCGCUGCGUAAAUUCCGUGUUUUUCGCGUGAUUAUCCCUCAAAUUAGGCCCUGUGCAUCCCUAAAUCCCUGAUAAGAGUAUCAAUGGAGAUUGUGGUGUAGCGAUAAUUGGUGCAAAUCAGCAAAAAGUGUUCGAAUUUGCCGCCAAAUUGGUCAGUGAGUCUCAAUGGACGUCAAAAACAACCAAUCAAAUCCAAUGGCGGCGCUUAUGGCAAAUUUCAUUGGAGCUUCGGACAACUGACAAUUUUUCUAUUGGUUUAUAACUGUGCCGAUCAUCCCCAUUGGUUUUUGAAACCCCAAAAACUCACGAUUUUACCACGUGCUUCACAUACGCUGCACUCCGACUGUUUACACAUGCAUUCAUUCAAUUUUAAAUGCAGCAUCGCAUUGUAAUUCAUUUCAAUGUGUUCUAAAUAUCAAUGGGAAAUUCCAUCUUGAAGCCACUGACUGAACAAUAUUUCUGUGCAUCUUCCUCUCGUCUGAGACGAACUUAGAGGAUUUUUGUGGUGUCGUUUGUGCCUCUGUGCGAGUGUAUGUAGUGUUCCAAUAAGGAUUUUUGGGGAAUAAAAUUGAACCUGAACAUGUCUUACGUAUUGCUAAAGAGUGAGGACAUGAGCCAAGACGCUCAGGAGGCUACUGUGAGUGGAGUGACUGGAAGUGGAUCCGGAGAUGAGAAUAACACAGCCAGCGGGGGCGAGAGUGAAGCUCAAGCCACCCUCAACAGUUUCUGGCCCAUUAUCAACGAAGAAGUUAAGCGUAUCAAGACAGUAGAUGCUAAAAAUCAGAAUUUGCCAUUGGCAAGAAUAAAGAAAAUCAUGAAACUGGAUGAAGAUGUUAAGAUGAUCUCAGCUGAAGCUCCAUUGCUCUUCGCCAAGGCCUCAGAGAUCUUUAUCCAUGAAUUGACGCUGAGAGCGUGGGUGUAUACGGAAGAUAACAAACGCAGAACACUACAGAGAAGUGAUAUAGCAAUGGCUAUUUCGAAGUAUGACCAAUUUGACUUUCUCAUUGAUAUCGUGCCACGCGAAGAGAUCAAGACGAUCAAGAAGGAGAGUGAGAUUAAAUCCACGAAUAACUGUGAUCAAGUCAAUCAGAUUCAGUACUAUUUCCAAUUGGCGCAGCAGCAUCAACAGGCCCUUCAGGGGCAAACGACCACUCCGACACAGAUUCAGGUGCAAUCCUCAACACCUGUUUCUCUGGGCGGAAUGCCCAAUAAUAUCAUCGUGACGUCCCCCACGGCUGCUGCUCAAGCUACCCAAACUGCUCCUGCAAACGCCAUGAUCGUCAAUAAUGUACAACAGCAGAAUCAGCCACUGCAGGUGCUCCAGCAAAUUGUUACACCCACCGGAGAGAUACAGCACAUCCAGAUCCCCCUGUCACCGUCGCAACUCAACCUUAUCCGGAUGCAGAGUGGAGCUCAGCAGCAACCCAUUAUAAUCCAAACAGCGACACCUCAACAACAAACCAGCCAGCCCCAAAUCUUGCAGCUCGGUCAGCCCGUGUCGCAACCUCAAGUAUCCGCAGCUCCGAUGUUCAUCAACGCCACGGCAACGACGGCAACGGCAGCAUCUUCGACGGAUGGGUAGCAUCAGGUGAUUGUAAUGGGAGCUGGCCCAUCGUACGCAUCCGGGCGAUAGCGCCCACUGGGGGCCCCUGGUAGGGCCUCGCGUGACCGUGAGAAGUGUAAAAAUGUGGGACCCAGAGUAGCCGCUGAGGCUCAAGAAAUCAAUGCCAUCAAACGGGGACUGUGACAAAUUUUCCCGUGAGGCAUGCAAAAAAAUAAUAAAUAAGAAUUGGACUUGUCUUUUUCUGAACUUAUUACUUAGCUUUUUUCCUGUUUCUCAACGUCUUUUGAUUUUUAGUCAUUUGUAAGGAAAUGUAUAUUUUGUAAGUGUAAGUUGAUGAAUAGAACCACAAUUGCAGCAAAUGCAUUUUGGGACCUUUUUAGAAGAAAACGAUUAAAUAAACAAAAAAAAUAAUGUUGAGAUAUUGAGUCUCUUCUCGAUGUUGUCUUUAUUUUGUAUUAAGAUAUGAACUCUAUUCAGGAAUAAGAGAGCAAUAAAAGAAAUUUGAAGAAAAAAAACAAA